AUGCAGGAUUUAACUAAUCAAGAAAUAUCCGAUAAAAAAGAUGUAAAAAGAAAAGCUGUUGUAGAUAAAAUCGACAUUGAAGAACGAAAGAUGAAAUUAGCUGAAAGGCAAUUAGUAUAUCGUAGAGCUCAAGCUGAAAUUGAAAAAUUAGAAUUAGAAAAUAUUAAAUUACGUAGAGCUUGA